GCGCUGCCAACUGAAGGCGGGCGGUGCUGCGCGCGAUUAAGUCCGCUUGGGCGCGGGGCGGGGCGGAACGGGGCUCGUCGCCCCUCCCCUCGGGCGACUCCGGCUGGGUGGUGGUUUCCCGCGUGAACUCACAGCAAGCGAGGCUCCUCCGUCAUGAAGGUGAAGAUUAAGUGCUGGAACGGCGUGGCCACUUGGCUCUGGGUGGCCAACGACGAGAAUUGCGGCAUCUGCCGGAUGGCCUUUAAUGGCUGCUGCCCGGACUGCAAGGUGCCCGGCGACGACUGCCCGCUGGUGUGGGGCCAGUGCUCGCACUGCUUCCACAUGCACUGCAUCCUCAAGUGGCUCAACGCGCAGCAGGUGCAGCAGCACUGCCCCAUGUGCCGGCAGGAGUGGAAGUUCAAGGAGUGAGCGCCCGGCGCCCACGCCCGCGCCCAGACGAGGACCGAGGACCGAGGACCGCCGCCGCCCGCAGCCGCUGCUCGUCCAAUAAGUGAAGCUCAUUAAACUGCCCGAGCCUCGCCCGAGGCCUCUGGUUGC